UUUUACAGUACUGAAUUUCUCUCAGAAUUUAAGAAGCUAAGAAGAAUAAUGGGAGCUCCGGUUAUAUUUGUUUUUGUAUUGGCAAUUACUGCCCAAUCAGUAUAUUCUCAUGUGGGAUUGUCUCGUGAGGGUGUAAUUGAACAAGACAAAAAUCCUGAGCACACCUCAAACAUCAAAGUUGAUAUUAAUAUGGAAAACUCAGCAAAGGAAUCACCUGUGAGUGGUUCCCAUUUUUACCAUGGUUUAUCAAGCUUUGGUUUUGGACAAAAUAAAAAAGUUGAGCAACAAUCAGAAGGUGAAGUGAAAUUUCAUGAAGAAAGCCAUCCCGAAAAACAAUGUAGUGUUAGUUGUACUUGUGCCGCCGGUUGUAGUUGUAGUUGCAGCGGAAGCUGCUGUGGUAGUGACGGCUGCAGUCACAGCUGCAGCUGCUGUUGCCAUGGCAAAUUCAGCAAUUACACUGGCAUUGCUGAAGAUUUAAUUGGCAUGCCAAUCAAACCUCAAGUUUAUAAUAACUUGUAAACCAAUUUCAGUUUU